AUGGUGGGAAAGGAAUUUAUAGAUCUCUUUCGAUCUAUCCAACUAGGAAGUGAUCUAUCCGUGGAUGACUUCUCUGAUCGGUUGAAUCUCUUUACUGUGGUUCUUCUACUCUUCUGCACUAUUCUCAUCUCGAUGAAACAAUAUAUCUUCAAUUCAAUUUCCUGCUACAUUCCAGUUUCACCAUCAGGAAGCGAAUUCAAAAAUUACGUCACAGAUUAUUGUUGGGUACAUGGAACAAUACCUCUUCGUCCUGACGAGGAGAUGCCUACUACAGCGGAAGAAUGGAAUCUUUAUGACAAAUAUCGAAGAAUUACCUACUAUCAGUGGGUGCCUUUCAUGCUGGGACUUCAAUGCAUAUUCUUCUACUUGCCCAAUGUACUCUGGCAGAUAAUAUGCAAUUGGCGUGCCAGUGGUGAUGUCUUUACCCUACUUCAAGCUGCCAAAAAGGCCACUUCUGGAUCUCGAAGCGAUCGGAAAAAGGAGGUUGAACGUGUCGCUGAAUUCCUUGAAGAUAUGCUAGAUAAUCACAAAUGUCCACGGCGAGGUAAACAAGCGAGAAUCAUUAAUAAAAUGUACGACAGAUUUGGCAUUUGCGUUAUGAGCAAGCGGUUGGGUACUCGCCUUAUUUGGUCGUACUUGGCACUGAAAGUGGUCACUAUUGUGAAUGCAGCUGUGCAGUUAUAUCUUAUUCAAGUGUUCCUUGGUUUCACUGGACACUACCUCAAGCCCGCAACAAUCGAGUCCAUCAUAGAGGGAAAACCAAAGUAUACUUUUGAAAAAAGUGAAAGGGGCUACUCCUUCGGAUGGGCAAUAGCCCAAUACAUACGCUCAGGCCAGGAGUGGCCACAGACCCUUUUAUUCCCACGUGUAUCCUAUUGUCGGGUACCCAGUAUCCGGUUGGUUGGUGGGGAGAACGCCUACACAGCUCAAUGUGCUCUACCAAUCAAUAUGCUCAAUGAGAAGAUUUACAUUUUCCUAUGGUUCUGGAUAGUAUUUCUCAUAAUAGUAACAGCUACAAGUUUAACCUUCUGGUUAAUGAGAAUGCUCAGUCCUUUUCGUAGAUACCGUUACAUAGCAAGAUUCCUUCGAGUAUGCAGAGUUGAAGACGAGGCAAAGCGACGCAUGGAACCUCGUGGAAAGUUAAGCCAACUUCAACAUUUCGUAGAUUUUCAUUUGCAACAAGAUGGCGUUUUCCUGAUAAGGAUGAUUGCUCUUAACGUUGGUGAUAUUCUGGCUGCAGAUGUGGUGGGUGUAAUAUGGAAGAACUAUCGGGAACGCAAGGAGCAAGAGGAAUUGAUUUCUUCCCCCACAACACCCACAUCAAUAGAAAUGCCUACGGCGCCUCUUGACAAGAUCCGUAAAAUUGAAGUUGGAUUUGUGUGA